ACUGGAAGACAGUUUUAGGUUCUUGACAGGUGGAAAUUUUAAACAUGUGGGAGUAGACAGUCGAGAAGUAUAGAUAGUCGUGGAUCAUCUUAUUUAGAUUGGAAAUUAGUAAAUAUUAUGGAAAAUCCGUUUGCCUCACCGUGGUUAUUUGCGACACUACUUUGCCUCACUAGUCAAGGUAUUGCAGUACUUGGUCCAGUAAGUAUCGCAUCCAGUCAACCAGCUCCUUACGCCUUAUCUCCGACAUAUCUGCAAUACCUAUCCCAGCAAGAACGCAAAGUUUAUAAUGCCAUGAAAAAAUACGAACAAGAAUUGGAGCAUAGAUUGGCACUUGUUAAAAAGUACACCCGAGACUAUGAGAAAUCGACGAUAUUGGGAACAUCAUUUUUAGGGGAGAGUGUUCGUAAUAAAGAGAGAGACAGCAUUAUCUCGCAACAUCCAAUCCUAGCCUUCCGAAUGUUGAAUCGAUAUGCAAACGAAUUUAACGAGAUUGGGAAACAUAUAGCAGAGAAUGCAGAACAAGUGUCGUCCGCAAUUGUUCAUGAAGCUGAAGGAGUUCACGGGUUUCCAAAGUUUGCAGAUGUGGAAGAUGCAAUAAUAUCAGUUUUAAGAAUGCAAUUCAUGUAUGACUUGAGAUCCAGCGAUAUAGCGGAAGGGAAAAUACCGGGAGUAUUAUUGAACACGGCUGUAAAACUGACGACUGAGCAUUGUUACCGAAUUUCCAAAACUGCCCAAAAGCUAAAAUAUUACACGUUAGCGCUUGAGUGGUUUGAUGUUACAAAAUCAAGAUUUGAACGUGAUUUUCAGGAAGAGCAUACGGCCUUCAACGCCUCCAGUAUAGACCAAGAUAUAUUAGAAACUAUUGCUGAACAUAAUCGAGAAUAUCAACAACUUUACGAUGAGGGACACGAGUAUAUUUUUGCUAAGCGAAUUCGGACAGCAAGCGGUCCAAGGCCGAUGACACUGCGAACUCAAAUGGUCAACGAAUUAUCCGGUCUACACCUGGACGAAGAUGACCCAGAAUAUUAUCAAUCCAUUUAUGCCAAACACAUUGCUCUGUGCAAUGGACAAAACUUUCAGUCCAGAAGAGAGCUUGCAAAGUUGAAAUGCUGGCAAGACUCGAACAGAAUUGGAGAAUAUUGGAGAAUCCGGCCUCUAAAAAUUGAGCAAGUUAACAGCAACCCUGAAAUUAUUCAGAUCUAUGACAUUUUGCCUGACAAAUGGAUAUCACACCUCAAGGCGAUAGCAUUCUCAGCCUUAGAACGUGCCCCCACUGGUCCCAAUGCUACCCCUCGAACAGCAGCAUAUUCAUGGUUCAAGGAUCAAGAUAUCCCUCAAGUGCCGAUUUCUCGAAGAAUUGAACUCAUCACGGGUCUCAAUGUUGUGGGAAUGAAGGCUGCAGAGGCUUUACAAGUUGCGGCUUAUGCAUUUGGAGGUCACGUUGAACUACAUUUUGACUCAAAAGGUCCAGAUGAUCCCAACCCUGACCCAAAGGGUGACAGGGUCACUACAUUUCUCAUCUACUUAAAUGACGUGUCAGUUGCUGGACUCACAACAUUUCCGAAACUAGGAUUUGCAGUGAAACCUGUGAAAGGUUCUGCAGUUUUGUGGUAUACAAAUACGCCUAACGGUCCAGUGGAUAAGUGGACACUUCAUGGUGCUUGUCCGUUGAUAAGUGGUCAUAAAUGGAUCGCCACAAAGUGGACUCACAGCAAUGAGAAUAUUUUUAAACGGCCUUGUGGCCUUGUUCCUUCAGACUAGUGUUUAAAUAGUACGGAAUAAAAACUUUGAAAAAAUAAAUCGAUGCAAUUGAUA